AUGACGCGAGGCCCUCGAGGCAUCAACGCCGCCCGCCAGUUGCGCCUGAAGCAAAAGGAGCAGAACUGGGCCGACAAGAACUAUCGUUACCGCGCACUCAGAUCACGAUUCCGGUCCUCGCCGUUUAGCGGCGCCUCCCAUGCCAAGGGUAUAGUGCUUGAAAAGGUUGGCGUCGAGGCGAAGCAGCCGAAUUCGGCGAUUCGAAAGUGCGUGAGGGUGCAGCUCAUCAAGAACGGCAAGAAGGUGACUGCCUUUGUGCCCAACGACGGAUGCCUCAACUUCAUCGACGAGAAUGACGAGGUGCUGCUGGCGGGUUUCGGCCGCAAGGGACGGGCUGUAGGAGAUAUCCCCGGUGUGCGAUUUAAAAUUGUAAAAGUCUCGGGCGUGAGUCUGCGUUCUCUUUGGAAGGAGAAGAAGGAGAAGCCUCGUUCGUAG